AAUCAAGACAAACCUGCGCCUUCAACUCGAAGGCCAAGGGAGGGGACAUGUUCACAGACCAACUAGGCUGCUAAGAGCAGUAAGCAAAACGCGAGGUCGGCUCCGGCGCUCACACUCAAGAUGGCACCGGCCUGAGGAUCACCUGGGCGGCCGCUCUAGCUCGGUUCCGGGUUCGUUCGCCUCAGAGGUGGCGUCGGAGGGCUGAAGGCUGGCGUUCUGUCCGGUUUCCGGACCCGUCUCUAUGGUGUCGGAGGGACCAGCCCUCAGAAGAUUGUGAGUGUAGUGGCCAGAUCCUCACGGGGGAGGCGAGGGCGGUUGGUGUCAACGGGGGGCGAAGAGGGGACCGGAGCCAAGACCCUCGGCCGCCUCCCCGCCGCCCUGCCGCAGGUCUCCUUGGCUUUGAGGAGGAGCUGCAGCCCUGCCCACUGCAUAAGGGAUGGGAGCAGAGAACAGUGCUCUGAAGAGCUAUACGCUGAAAGAGCCACCGUUCACCUUACCCUCCGGACUUGCUGUUUAUCCCGCUGUGCUGCAAGAUGGCAAAUUUGCUUCAGUUUUUGUGUAUAAGAGAGAAAACGAAGACAAGGUUAAUAAGGCUGCUAAGCACUUGAAGACACUUCGUCACCCUUGCUUGCUCAGAUUUUUAUCUUGCACUGUGGAAGCAGAUGGCAUUCAUCUUGUCACUGAGCGAGUACAGCCUCUGGAAGUGGCUCUGGAGACACUGUCUUCUGCAGAGGUCUGUGCUGGGAUCUAUGACGUAUUGCUGGCUCUUAUCUUCCUUCAUGACAGAGGACACCUAACACACAACAAUGUCUGCUUGUCGUCUGUGUUUGUGAGUGAAGAUGGGCACUGGAAGCUGGGGGGAAUGGAGACAGUCUGUGCAGUUCCUCAGGCGACACCAGAGUUUCUGAGGAGUAUUCAGUCAGUAAGAGACCCAGCGUCUGUCCCCCCUGAAGAGAUGUCUCCAGAAUUCACAACUCUGCCAGAGUCACAUGGACAUGCCCGGGAUGCCUAUUCAUUUGGGACGUUGGUGGAAAGUUUGCUCACAAUCUUAAGUGAAAAGGUUUCAGCGGAUGUUCUCUCCAGCUUCCAACAGACCUUGCACUCAACUUUGCUGAAUCCCCUUCCAAAAUGUCGGCCAGCGCUCUGCACCCUACUGUCCCAUGACUUCUUCAGGAAUGAUUUUCUAGAAGUUGUGAAUUUCUUGAAAAGUUUAACAUUGAAGAGUGAAGAGGAAAAAACUGAAUUCUUCAAGUUUCUGCUGGACAGGGUCAGCUGCCUGUCAGAGGAGUUGAUAGCUUCACGGUUGGUGCCUCUCCUGCUCAAUCAGUUGGUAUUUGCAGAGCCAGUAGCUGUGAAGAGUUUUCUUCCUCAUCUGCUUGGCCCCAAAAAAGACCAUGCGCAGGGAGAAACCCCUUGCCUGCUCUCACCAGCCCUGUUCCAGUCGCGGGUGAUCCCCGUGCUGCUCCAGCUGUUUGAGGUUCACGAGGAACAUGUGCGGUUGGUGCUGCUGUCCCACCUCGAGGCCUACGUGGAGCACUUCACUCAGGAGCAGCUGAAGAAAGUCAUCUUGCCACAGGUGUUACUGGGCCUGCGUGAUACCAGUGAUUCCAUUGUGGCAAUUACUCUUCACAGCCUAGCAGUGCUGGUCUCUCUACUUGGACCAGAGGUGGUUGUGGGAGGAGAAAGAACCAAGAUCUUCAAACGCACUGCCCCAAGUUUUACUAAAACUCUUGACCUUUCUCCAGAAGAUAUCCUUAUACAUGUAUCUUUAUCUAGCAGUCAGAUCUCACCAGUCUCGCACAACUCCUUCUCUAGCAUAUUCCCUAAAUGUUUCUUUUCUGGCAACAUGCCCAUCAACAGCAAGAAGCACAUACAGUGGGAUUACUACAAUAUUCUUUUACAGACAGGUGAUCAAUUUUCUCAGCCUAUUAAAUUUCCCAUGAAUGGAAUCUCAGAUGUGAAAAAUACCUCAGGAGACGGUGAAAACUUCCCGUCAAGUUCUAAAAAGUCUGAGGACUGGCCUGACUGGAGUGAGCCUGAGGAGCCUGAAAACAAAACUGUCAACAUCCAGAUUUGUCCUACAACCCCCUAUGAUGCUGCCAAGUCCCCACCCUCUAACCUGAAUGUGGAGGAGGAGACUUGGGAUGACUUUGAGCCCAGCAGCUUAGAUUCUGAACUAAACCCAGGAGGUGGAAUUACUGCUGCAAGACCUGUUACCUCAGGGGAGCAAAAGGCCAUUCCUGCUUUGCUUCCACUCACUGAAGAGUCCAAGCCUUUGAAAUCAAGCCUACCCCAAAAAACCAUUCUUGCACAAAGUGGGGAUGACCCAGACCAAACCAAGCCACUAAAAGUGUUGUCACAAGAAAGGCACCUUAAGCUUCCAUCAGAACUUGGUUUAGGAGAGGAGUUUACCAUUCAAGUAAAAAAGAAGCCAGUAAAGGAUCCUGAGUUGGACUGGUUUGCUGAUAUGAUCCCAGAAAUUAAGCCUUCAGCUGCUCUUCUUCUGUUACCUGAACUGAGGACAGACAUGAUGGUUCCUAACAAGGAUGAUGUCUCACCAAUGAUGCAGUUUUCCUCAAAAUUUGCUGCAGCAGAAAUUACUGAGGGAGAGUCUGAAGGCUGGGGAGAAGCCGGGGAGCUGAACUGGGAAGAUGAUAACUGGUGACGACGGGUAUGAGUUAAACUUUAGGGAAAAGGAUUCCUUUAAAACAAAUCAAACUAAUACCUCACAAGUGGGCUCUGCAGACAAGAAAACCUAAACGCAUCCUGUUUUCCCAUACCAGGAGCUCUUUUUCCAGUCUGUGCCAACUGCAGCAUGAGCCCUCGAGUGCUGGCUGAAAGCCCGCACAAUGCGGACGCUCCAGGACUUGCUUCUCAGAGGAAGAGCCUGAGUGCACUGGACUAGGGCCAGCUUCUGUGAAGAGCAAGCUGUGGAAAGGUUGAAUUUACUGCUUUUUUCUAGGACAAUUCCAGAAGUAAAGAAAAUAAAUACAAAAAUUCAAGCUGAUUAGCUUAAUUUUGUGCCAUUUCUUUAACAGAAGAGUAGGCUCUAUUAUGAAAUACAAACUACUGAAAGAAUUUUAGCUGUAAAGUAUAUAAAUGAUUUUAAAUGGUAAGUUUUCCUUAGGCAGCUUAUUUAUUUGACAGUUGUGCUGUCCCAGUGAGUGGCCCUGUGGGCACCGGGGCAGUUACUCACUGUUCCACAUGUAUUACGUUGUACCAAAGUUCUUAAUGAGAAAUAUCCUCCACAGUCCUGUUCUCUGAAUGUCCAAUAAAGACUAUUUUCACUAGA